AUGCCGGAAAGCGCAAAAGAUGCGGAGGAUAAGAGGAAGGAUAUUGCAGUGGAAAUAAAAGAAGCAAAACUCACGCAAGACUAUGUGGGUAAGGCCCUGGCCGAGCUACCUGGCGUCAGACCACUGACGCAGACCACAAUAUCUAAUUUGGAGAACCUAGAGCUGUCGCACAAAAACGUGAUCAAACUGAGGCCCAUUCUGCUGACGUGGCUGGAGAUGGAGGAGGCGCGGGCGAAUGCCGCGCAGGAGGAUCCCGAUGCGCCCAGCGUGCUGCCGGCGGGCGCAAGGAGAAGGUAG